CUUUCUCUAUUUACUAGAUAUUACCGCGGAGCAGUUGGUGCACUACUCGUGUAUGAUAUUGCAAAACACCUGACGUAUGAAAAUGUAGAAAGAUGGUUACGAGAAUUACGGGACCAUGCUGACCAGAAUAUUGUGAUCAUGUUAGUGGGAAAUAAGUCAGACUUAAGGCAUCUGCGUGCUGUUCCAACUGACGAGGCUAAAGCGUUUGCUGAAAGAAAUGGCUUAUCUUUCAUUGAAACAUCCGCUUUAGAUUCAACUAACGUUGAGACAGCGUUUCAAAACAUAUUAACAGAAAUAUACAGAAUCGUAUCGCAAAAACAGAUACGAGACCCACCUGAAGGUGAUACAAUCCGGCCACAAAAUGUAGAACAAAUUGAAGUCAAACCAACGAUGAAUGCUGAGGGAGUGCGUAAGCAGUGCUGCCAGUGACUCACCUUGUUGCUUAAAAUGUGUGUACACAUAUAUACAGUAUGAAUAUCAUGGAAGUACAGUUGGGGAUAAUAUUUAAUUUCUAACGGAAAAGAUUUUGUUUAUGAUGCAGUAAAAAGUUUCUGGAAUGAUCAUUUGUAUAAUAGGAUAGAUUUAAUAUAA